GGGAUGCUGAGCGCGCGCGAGAACAAUAAUAAGAUCGUGUUUGCGGUCGCUGCCCGAGGAAGAAUUCAGAGCCGACGCGAGGCCCAGCGCUCGCGCCGCGCCCGGGAGCCCGGGAGGGAGGCCGCCGGCGGCGGGGACCUCGGCAUGAGCUUGUGAGCAACGCGCGGCGGCGGCGGCGGCGGGGACCUUGGCGCAGCCGGACGCGAGAGCAGCGAGCGGCCUGGGGCGCCCCUCCCCCGCUGCCAGGCCGUGAUUUGCCGGGCCUGCUGCGCCCCCCGCCCAUCCCUCGCCUCAGCCGCAGCCUCGCCGCUUCCCCUCGUCGGAGCGGCCGCUAGUCCGCCCCGCUCGAGGCCCUCGGGGAGCGCGGCGCGGUCCGUCGGCCCGCAGGGGGGCGGCCUCCCGGCAUCUUCGCAGCGACCAAGGACGACCAGGAAGAGGAGCGGCUGGGAUGGCGCGUCCGCGGCCCCGCGAGUACAAAGCAGGCGACCUGGUCUUCGCCAAGAUGAAGGGCUACCCGCACUGGCCCGCCCGGAUUGAUGAACUCCCAGAGGGAGCCGUGAAGCCUCCAGCAAACAAGUAUCCCAUCUUCUUUUUUGGUACCCAUGAAACUGCAUUUUUAGGUCCCAAAGACCUCUUUCCGUAUAAGGAAUACAAAGACAAGUUUGGAAAGUCAAACAAACGAAAAGGAUUUAAUGAAGGAUUAUGGGAAAUAGAAAAUAACCCAGGAGUAAAGUUCACUGGAUACCAGGCAAUUCAGCAACAGAGCUCUUCAGAAACAGAGGGAGAAGGUGGAAAUACUGCAGAUGCAAGCAGUGAGGAAGAAGGUGAUAGAGUAGAGGAAGACGGAAAAGGCAAAAGAAAGAACGAAAAAGCUGGCUCAAAACGGAAAAAGUCAUACACUUCAAAGAAAUCCUCUAAACAGUCCCGGAAAUCUCCAGGCGAUGAAGAUGACAAAGACUGCAAAGAAGAAGAAAACAAAAGCAGCUCUGAGGGUGGAGAUGCCGGUAAUGACACAAGAAACACAACUUCAGACUUGCAGAAAACCAGUGAAGGGGAAAUAAAGUUAGCAUUUGAGAGUGAGAACAGGAAGAAGUGUUGGAAGCUUCAAGAGAGAGGCAAAGACCUAACAACCCUAAUGAAUGCUGCAUAUUAAGAGAAACCACAAGAAGGUUAUAUGUUUGGUUGUCUAAUAUUCUUGGAUUUGAUAUGAACCAACACAUAGUCCUUGUUGUCAUUGACAGAAUCCCAGUUUGUAUGUACAUUAUUCACAUUCCUCUCUGUUGUGUUUGGGGAAGACAUUUUAGCCUUUUUUAAAGUUACUGAUUUAAUUUCAUAUUAUUUGGUUGCAUGAAAUUGCCCUUAACCACUAAGGAUUAUCAAGAUUUUUGCGCAGACUUACACAUGUCUAGGAUCCUUUUAUCAAGGCAGUUAUGUUUAUCAUUUUCUUGCCUUUACUCCACCAUCACCACUCAGUUAAAUAUAAAUUAGCAUUUUUAGAUGACCACUCAACAAUAAUACUUAAGGAUGGAAUUUCUUCUUUGUGCCAGAAUCCAAGAACUAAUUCCUAAAUACAUAAUGUUGGUAUAUUGAAGAUGAAAUUAAAAUUGUCCUUCAGUUUUGAGGCCAUGUGUAAAGUUUAACCAUAUUGUAAAAUAUCUAUUCCGUAUUAGAAAUAGCUAGUUGACAGCCUAUACUUCUCAAAAUUCAUAUUGUUAUGUACACAAGCUAAGUUUCUAUAUGUGAAGUUAGUAAGUCUUUUUUUGUGUUACUCCAGAAUAAAGGCAAUGAUUUAUUUUUUCCCAAUGCCAAUACAAUUUGACCCAAUCGCUCACGGUGGACACUUUACAUUUUAAAGCUGGACUCAGCAGCAGCCUGUGGGAAACGAGACAAAGCAUUGACUUUUAAUACAGUCUUUAAAAUGAACUGUUUCCUUUUGGAACUAGAAUUAGAAUAGUUAGUAUUCAUCCACAAACCAUUACUAUGUGUACAUUAUUGUUGCUAUUGUGAUAAUAGAGAAUUUUAUUUAUUUUUAUGCCAGCUUAUAUUGUGAAAACACAUUUAGUCAGUUUGAGUUUUAUCAAUCCUGUUUUUGCUUGUCUUUGGAACAUCUUUUGCGUAUUCAAGGUUUGUAGUUGAAAAGUUUACUGUAAAAAAAAUGAAAAACAAAAAAAUGUAUUGUUUUUACAGAAUAAAUUUAUUGGAAUGUG